AUGAAGAAAUCAACUGCCACUCCCAUUUUCAACCGUUUUUCAAAUCCCUGGACUGUUGUUCAUUUUAACUCUAGCAUAAGAGAAGCUGUAGACCAAAAUCAAAGCCACAAAGCCCUUGCUCUCUUUCGCCAAAUGAAAGGAAUCGAUUUAGAACCGAAUAAUUUAACGUUUCCCUUUAUAGCAAAGGCCUGUGCCAAACUCUCUAACCUCAAAUACUCCCAAAUCAUCCAUACCCAUAUCGCUAAAUCCCCAUUUCAAUCGGACAUUUAUGUUCAGACGGCAUUGGUUGACAUGUAUAUAAAAUGUAACCACAUAGAUUAUGCAUAUGACUUGUUUGAAUCAAUGCCUAGAAAGGAUCUUGCUGGUUGGAAUGCAAUGCUUGUGGGGUUUGCUCAAAUGGGUUUUCUUGAUCGAGUUUCAAAACUUUUCAAUCAAAUGAGAUUUGAAGGAGUUCAGCCGGACUCAGUCACAGUCGUAGGAUUGACACAAUUGGUUGCUGCUAUAAAGGAUCUUAAAUUGAUGAAUGCAGUGCAUUCGCUUGGGAUGAUAAUUGGGAUAGAAGCUGAUGUUUCGGUUGCUAAUACUUGGAUUGUCGCCUAUGCCAAAUGUGGCGAUAUGGAAUCGGCGGAGAUGAUUUUCCAGGGGAUUGUGUUGGCUUUUGUAACUGUUGUGUCAUGGAACUCGCUGAUUACAGGAUGUGCCCACCUUGAGGAAUCAUUUAAAGCAAUUAAGUUCUAUAAUCGGAUGCUUUGUGAUGGAUUUAGGCCAGAUGUGAGCACGAUUCUAAACCUGCUAUCAUCAUUUGGGCGACUCAAAGGACUAUAUCAGGGUAAGUUGAUUCAUUGUCAUGGGAUCCAAGUAGGUUGUGAGGUGGACAUCUCUGUGCUAAACACCCUUAUUUCUAUGUAUUGCAAGUGUGGAGAUACUAAUUCUGCACGAUCUGUAUUUGAUAGAAUGGUGGACAGAACGAGUGUUUCGUGGACUGCUAUGAUCGGUGGGUAUGCUGACAAAGGUGAUUUGAGUGAGGCAUUAACCUUGUUCCACUCUAUGGAAGCAGCUGGUAAGAAGCCUGAUAAGGUCACUGUGCUUUAUCUGAUCUUGGGUUGCGGCCAAACAGGAGCACUUGACACUGGGAGAUGGAUUGACAACUACACCAUCUCAAACGGGUUGAAAAAUAAUGUAUUGAUAUGCAAUGCAUUGAUAGACAUGUAUUCAAAAUGUGGAAGCAUAAGAGACGCUUGGGAACUCUUUCAUUCAAUGCAUGAAAAAACCAUUGUCUCUUGGACAACUAUGAUUGCAGGGAGUGCUCUAAAUGGAGAAUUCAAAGAAGCCUUGGAUCACUUCUUUACGAUGUUGGAAUUGGGGUUGAAGCCCAACCAUGUAACAUUCCUUGCUGUUCUCCAAGCUUGCACUCAUGCAGGUUUCCUUGAGGAAGGAUGGGAGUGCUUUAAUUUGAUGAGUAAAGUAUAUAGAAUAAAUCCGGGACUGGAUCACUACUCCUGUAUGACUGAUCUUCUUGGCCGUAGAGGAAAGCUAAAAGAAGCACUGGAGGUCAUCCAAACUAUGCCUAUCAAACCUGACGCAGGCAUAUGGAGUGCAUUGCUCAGUGCUUGCAAGAUUCACAACAACAUAGAGAUCGGUAGGUAUGCAGCUUGUCAUCUUUUUGAACUGGAACCCCAAGCUGCAGCUCCAUAUGUGGAAAUGGCUAACAUUUAUGCAUCAGCAGGAAGGUGGGAUGGAGUUGCUGCAAUUAGAACACUGAUGAGAGGCAAUCAAGUGACAAAAUCUCCUGGGAAAAGUCUUGUUCAAGUAAAUGGGAAGAGUCACACCUUUACAGUCGAAGAUGGAUGUCAUCCUGAAGGCUUUCAAAUAUAUGAAGUGUUGGAUGGCUUAGUUUUGCUAUUGAAACAGGAAUUAGAUUCAUCAGAUUUAGGGGAACUUUCUUGACCAUGGAAGUUCCUUGGAGUUUGUCUGCAUGUUGUUAUGGAACGUUAGCUGUCUCUGUCUUCUCUUUCUCCCGUGAGUGUACAUAAAACUUCAUCUUUUUCAAAUGGGUGCCAAGUAUCUCAUGACAAGGGAAGCAAUUUAAAUGGAGUUCCAUUUUUGAGAGCCCUAGGUUUUGGGGUGGACCCUUUCACCCUGUAGUAAAAUUCAGCUUGUCGGGACAGAGAAUUGAAUGCAUCAGCUCCGAAAUUCUUGUGGAAUGGGGGUGUUGAACUUCAACCAAGGAAGUUCUGAUAUCAAACCAAACACUUUCAAAUCUGGAAUUGACAAGAUUUUCAAAUUGUUUCCAACAUGGGAGAUAUAGUAUGAAAUGAUGGUACCUUU